CCCUGAUGGCAGCCACUCUGCAGGCCAAGGGACACCCUUCACAUCCUUCAGAUACAGGGCAGGUGUCAGGGAGGCUCCGCCAUUCCUGUGGGAGUGAUUCUGAAGGCCGAGGAGGCUGGGCGGGAUGGCUGGGCCAGCCAGGGCGGCUCUUCAGACCAGUGGCUCUGGAGGACGGAGGACGCAUCCCAAGGAGGGACGCUGGCUGCCCAGCCUCCCCAGCCUCUGGGCCCCACGGUCAUGGCCACGCUGCGAGGGCCACUCCUGCUGCUGACCCUUGGCCUGGGUCUGGCCAGUGCUCAGAAGGCUCUGGAAGAGGUGCCGGUAGAGCCGGGGUUUCAGGCCCAGAAGGUGGAGGGCCGCUGGCUGACCAUCCAGCUGGCUGCCAGCCACGCCCACCUGGUCUCCCCAACCGAUCCCCUGAGGCUCGGCCUCCACUCCAUCUGGACCCGGGAUGAGGACGUGGAAUUCGUCUUGUUCUGGACAGGAGACGGGGUGUGCAAAGGAGUGAACGUCACCGUCCACCCAACUGGGCUCCAAGGCCAGUUCCAAGGCUCCUUGGAGGGAGGCAGCAGCAUGCACGUCCACUUCGUCAGCACGGACUACAGCAAUCUCAUUCUCUACAUCCGCCUGGAGGAUGACGAAGAGACCACCAGCUUGUGGGCCCUUCUGGCCAGAAGAGUGCCCGGAGACCCUGCGUGGCUGAGGAAGUACCUUGAGUAUGUCGCCAAGUUCCAGCUGCAGCAAGCCCUAGUCUUCAACCUCGAUGCUCGGUGCCCCCCCGGCCAGAGCCUAGGUCACAGCUGAGGAGCCCUCCUGCCUGGCCCUCCUCCUGCCCACUGCCCUCCCUCUCCCGCUGCCUCCCACCCUCCAGACUGGCUUCCCAGGCCUCCCAAGCCCCCUCCCCACCCCAGCCUGAGCCCGGCCCCCUCCUCAGCCCCCUCCUGGCCUCUCCCAGCCAGGCUCAGGGCAUGACAACGCUGAGCGGCCAGGAGGGGACCGGCAGCCCUCCCCUCCCCCUGCCCCGAGUCCUGGGCCGCAGUGAACACAGCACUGGAGUCCUCCAGGGACACAACCCUGGUAGGGGCCGCCUGGAGCUCCUGUGACCUGCUUGCACCCAGCUCCUGCCCAGGGACAACUCAGAGAGGCACGCUGGGCCCGUCCCCACCCAGGUCAGAGAGUGCGGAGCAAGCCCAGGACCUGCCCGUGCUCCCCAGAGGAGCCAGGUAAACACAGGCUCUUGCACUGGCACAACAGGUGAGCUGAGACAGGCCCCCACCCUGUCCUGGAAGUCAAGGGUGCCUGGGCGGUGUCUGGACGGAAGGCGCCCCCUCUGCCCGGGGAGCCAGGACCACCCACAGAAGGGCGGGCUCUCAGGAAACUGUGUCACGGGCCCCCAUACUACCCACCUGGAAAUGCCAGAGACAGGUAUGACUGGAUCCUGCCCCAGGAACACCCCGGGGCAGACAAGGUCUCCCAGAAGGCCAUGCCUCAGCAAGGCAACACCCACCAUAGCCAAGGGCGAGGUCAGCAGGACCUGGAUAAUCACUUGUGGGCCCCCUCCCGCCUCCCCUCUCCGGGCAGUUGUCCACCUGGUGCUCACUCAGACGCCAGAGACCAGCAGGUGCUCAAAGCACGAUGCUUCCCUGUGAACCAGGAAACCCAAAUCAAGAACUAGAAUGAACCCGGUAUGAUGAGGAAGUGAUGCUCAGACAUUUAGCAAGAAAUCAGCAGCAUUUAUAUGGAGGAAAAAAAAAAAAACAAAAAACUUUUUUAAAUCCUUACUCUGGGACAGUGAAAAAAAUGACUUAAAUAAAUGGAUAUGGGGUAUUUCUACAUCAUCUUCAAUAUCAUGAAUAUUUAAUAAUCCUCAAAUUAGCCUGUCCAUCCCAGCAGUUCAAACAAUACCCCAGUGGAAUCUUUACCCUGAAGUGCAAACCUGAAUCUAGCAUCCACAGGGAAGAACAAAAGUUUUGAAAUGCUUCAUAGAGAAGUCACACAAGUACCAUCCCGUCGUUAACAAGUGUGAACCGACAGCUAUUACGAUUGUGCGGAAUUAGGGGCAGGAAGAAAGAUCUAUGAAUAGAAUCAUGAAAUAAUGCAGGAGGCAACUGGCCCAUCACACAAGGCAUUAUUUAUUCAAUAAACAGUGUUGGGGGGAAAUGGCCAAGAGAUUUGGAGGAAAAAAAUAAGUUUAGAUAUCUAACUCCUUGCAUUGUCUUACGAUGAAUUCCUGUUUGAUUCCUAAUAAACACAAAACCUCAAAA